AACUAUGAACCCUAGAUCUCUGAAAUUUUAACGCAACACAUAUUAAAUAUAUUUAUAUCGAUUUUCAAAAUUUUUAAUUGAUAUCAUUAUUUCGACUUAUCUCUCAUACUUCCAUAACAUAUGUAAAUAUAAUUAUAUUUGAAUAGCCCGCGUAAGAGUUCAUUUCUUAAUUCCACGAGGGAUAUUUCGAUCGAACAGGUGAAUCGCGAUGGGACAUCACCCCGACAAUAAUUAAUGGCCGGCAUUGUAUAAUCUAUACUUAUAAAUAGUAUUUUACUUCAAAAGUAAAAAAUAUUAAUUAUUUGCGUGUCAAUACUAUUUUUUAUUGAAUGUUAAUUCUUUGUUUAUUAUUUGUUUAAAAUAAUUCCUGCAAAUCGUUAUUGUUAUAGGGAAUUAUAUGUUAUUUCAGUCUGUCAGGUCUUUGAAUGUAUAUACCCAUAGUCACUAAAAGUUGUGAUGUAGCAUUACUUGAUCGACACAUAACCCUAUAGUCGCUCAAAGACAAUAUCAAUUUACCUAGGAUAAGAAAUGAAACCAGUCAAAAUACCUGGAUUAUUUCCAAAUACAUGGAGAUAUGUAUUCGGUGAGUUUACUUUUCAUAAAAUAAAAGGAUUGAAGAAACCCACAUACAAAUGUACCUACAAACGAGCAUACGAGAAUUGUAAUGUAACGAUUACUAAAGAAGGUGGAAAAUAUAUUCAAAGAGUCCCGAAACACAAUCAUCCCGCACCACCGAACUCAAAAUUAAAACAAUCGUUAGGGAAGAAACUGGAAAACCUAGCUACUACAUCUCAUUUAUCAUCUAAUGAGAUUAUCAAUGUAUUACGUGAAAGUGCUGAACAAUCUGAAGUACGACGUGGUGCCAUGAAAACUCGCGUGUCUCGUACGAGAAAAAAAGCUUUGCCAAAAGUUCCGGAAUACUUUCACCAACUAAAAGAUAUUGUUCGAAAAUAUUCCAAGACGUCAUGUAUUUAUCGUGGACAAAUUGAAGCAGAAGAUGGAUCAUUAGCCAUAAUGCUUUCUACCAGUGAAUUAAUAAAACUGAUGGGAGAUUGUAAUGAAAUCCAAAUUGAUGGAGUAUAUGAGUCUGUCCCUGUUGAACCCUCCAUGGCACAAUUACUAAUAUUCUAUUUGCGGCGUAAUAAUAUCGGAUUACCAUGCCUAUUCAUUCUAUGCAAUUCUACAACUGAAGCUUUAUAUUCGGCAAUAUUUAAAGGUCUCGUAGAGCGCAUACCCACCAUGAAACAAAAUUUAAAAUCAAUAUUUUGUGAUUUUGAACCAGCGUUUAUCGCAGCUGCAAAGAAAUCUUUUGAUAAUGUAAAAUUACAGGGGACUUGGUUCAACUAUAUUAGAGUUGCCAGUAGACUAUGGAGGACUCUGAACUUGAAAGAUAAUUUAAAGCAUGAUAUACUUCGGUAUAGUUGGCUUAUACCAUUACUUCCACCUAAUCGCUAUGAAGAAGCUUUUAAUGAAAUAACCGCUACCAUACAAGAUACCAAUGAAAUAUAUGAUGAAUCUGAGGAGGAUCUUAUUUCAUUUAUACGGUGUCUGAGGGGAUUGAUUGGGUCAAAACCUGAGGCAACUUCCUAUUACAAUAAUCAUCAAAACGCAAUAAAUGUAGCAGAAAAUUUUAAUAGACAUAUUGCUAAUAACCUUGGAGGUUAUAAUCCAAAUUUAUUUACAUAUCUUGAACGAAUAAGAAGAAAUUGCAUUGAUAGCCAUGAAAAAUGGAUGAAGCUAGAGAAUGGAAUAGAAUUAAUUCAAUUCCAACGCAAUCGAUACAUUUUCGUUAAUGGUCAUAUUAUUGAACAGCUGACAAGACUCGAUAGCGGAGAGCUUUCAAUGAUUGAUUUUUUCAAAAAUGCUGCGACAGCUACGAUGAUUGAUGAAAUACUCCACCAGCUUCAAAUCGUUCAAUAUCGAGGUGAUGACAGAAAAUCUAAAAUUCCCGUUGACAUUCUAUUGGCAUCUGAGGAUGGUAAUCAAUUAUCAAAUUUACAACUCUAAAUGCCGCUAAAAAAACCGAGUUGAAGAGAAGGAAAAAAGGUGUGUAAUAUACUACUUCACCAUACCUGUACCUUCACCUGUACCGGAUAUUAUCAAGUGGCCUCAAGGAGAUGAAAUAAAUAAAACA